UGUUUUUUAUGUUUGUCAUAGUGUAAAAGGUUUUGUGACUUCAAAUAAUAAACUAUGAAUCAAACACGUCAGUUGUUGGGACUUCCAAAAUUUUUUAGGCGAUUGUGUAAAAAUCAUAACUUAUACGAUUGUGCAAAAAGGCACUUGUUAACAAAUGAAAAGCCCGCAGUUAUUUUAGGCAUUGAAACAAGCUGUGAUGAGACUGGCUUUGCAAUCGUCGACACCUCUGGCAAGAUUUUGGGUGAAGCUCUUAAUUCUCAACUUGUUCAUCACUUGCAUUUGGGAGGAAUUAAUCCACCAGUUGCUAGAGAUUUACAUGUAAGAAACAUAGAUAAUAUUUAUCAAGAGUGUUUAAAAUCUGCAAACAUGACAAUGAAUAAUAUUGACGCAGUAGCAGUGACGAUACAUCCUGGAUUAGUAAUGCCAUUAUGUGUCGGACGGGAUUUUGCUCUGAAAUUGUCACGAGAGUUUGACAAACCUCUGAUUCCCAUUCAUCACAUGAAGGCACAUGCUCUGACAGCAAGAAUUAGUGAAAAAGUUGAUUUUCCGUUUCUUGUACUUUUGAUAUCAGGUGGUCAUUGCAUACUUGCUCUGGUUCAAUCAAUAGAGGAUUUUAAAAUCCUUGGUUAUACAAUAGACGACGCACCUGGAGAAGCUCUAGACAAGGUUUCUAGACGAUUAAAAAUGGAAAAGAUUCCAGAGUAUGCAAAAGUCAGCGGAGGUCGAGCUAUUGAAAUGGCAGCCAUGAAAGCUGAUAAACCUGAAAAUUUCGAGUUUCCUACUUUAAUGUCACAUUAUAGGAACUGUAAAUUUAGUUUUUCAGGUGUAAAAAACAAAGCCAGGAUGCAUAUUAUCAGUGAAGAGAAAAAACAUCAUAUUCAGGGAGAUGAAAUACUUCCCAGUAUAAAUAAUAUUUGUGCUGGAUUUUUACUAACAGUUACAAAACACUUGUGCUUAAGAACCGAAAGAGCAAUGGAAUUUUUACGUAAACAAGAGUUACUCCCAGAAAAUAAUAAAACUUUGGUUGUAAGUGGUGGAGUAGCAUCAAACAAUUUCAUCGCGAAAGCUCUUGAAAAAAUCUGUUCGCAUCAUGAUUACAGAUUGGUCAGACCCCCACCUAAACUCUGUAGCGACAAUGGAAUCAUGAUUGCGUGGAAUGGAGUCGAAAAGUAUAAAAUUAAUAGCGGUGUUUUAAGAGAUAGAAGUGAAAUAGACAAAAUCGAUGUUACACCAAAAAUGCCUAUUGGUGAAGAUUGGUCAGAAAGGGUAACAAAAGAAGGUAUAAAAAGAAAAUGGGUUAAAUUAAAGUUUCAUGAUCUAGUAGAAAGUUAA